GCCUGGAAUAAACAGAGAUGUGUUGACGUACAGAAACAGCUGAUCCGGGAAGAAAAAUAUUGCAAUAUUUCCCUUUAAGGAGGCAAAAACAAAUGAUAUAAACAGAUAUGAAUGCUAUAAGAAGUUUCAUAGAUUCCCUGAUGGAAUUGCUGAGCCUAACAUCACAGAUGAUGUCUCUGGCAGUUCGUGCUUGGUCUUUAGGGAUCACGCUCAUUCUGCAGCUGUUUGUGCUUCUUGUUGCUCUACUCUGCAUUUGCUGGGGUCUUCUGAAAUGUUGUGUGUACACCCUGCGGAGAGGAGAACCAGGCUACUUGCAUGUUGCAUUCUUUCACCCUUAUUGCAAUGCUGGAGGAGGGGGUGAGAGGGUGCUGUGGUGUGCCAUAAGGGCAAUACAGAGGAAGUACCAGCAUGUGAAAUGUUAUGUCUAUACAGGAGACAUAGAUGUAACUCCACAGGAAAUCUUGCAGAAAGCACAGCAGAGAUUUGGUGUAGUCCUUCCGCGGCCAGUGGAAUUCAUCUUCCUCCAAAGUCGGACGGUUGUGGAAGCAAGACACUAUUCAUUUCUGACUCUUCUUAUGCAGAGUGUUGGGUCACUGAUGCUUGGUGGUGAAGCCCUGUUGAAGUUCAGGCCAGAUGUGUACUUUGACACCAUGGGUUAUGCUUUUACAUAUCCCAUCUUUCGUUAUGUUGGUGGCUGUGUGGUUGCCUCUUACACACAUUACCCAACAAUCAGUACAGACAUGUUAGGUCAGGUUGCAAACAGGGUUGAAGCUCACAAUAACAGAGGGUUUAUUGCAAGGAACACAAUAUUCAGUGCCAUGAAACUAGGAUAUUAUCAUCUCUUUGCCCUGAUGUAUGCACUUGUUGGCCGUUGUGCUCACCUUGUGAUGGUCAACUCCACAUGGACACAUGGUCACAUCACAGCUCUCUGGGGUCAGGCCCAUCAUACACACAUCAUAUACCCACCAUGUGAUACUGAACAUUUCAAAAGUUUGUCACUGAUUCCUGAUGCCAGCAAGAAGCUGAAAACUAUUGUUUCCAUUGGCCAGUUUCGACCAGAGAAAGACCAUUCACUUCAGCUUCGAUCUUUCCAGAAGCUGUGUGAAAUUUUAGAUCCAGCAGAUCAGGAGAAAGUACGCCUUGUUCUAAUAGGUGGAUGUAGGAAUAACGAAGACCAGCAGCGAGUGGAUGACCUGAAGACCCUUGCUUCAGAUCUGGGAGUUGCAGACAAAUUAGUUUGGAAGCUGAAUGCACCCUUUUCAGAGCUCCUAGAAGCUGUGCAGACAGGGACCAUAGGCCUGCACACCAUGUGGAACGAGCACUUUGGGAUUUGUGUGGUUGAGUGCAUGGCAGGUGGGUUGAUCAUGGUAGCACAUGACUCCGGUGGACCAAAAAUGGAUAUUCUGCUGGACUAUGAAGGCCAGAAGACAGGUUAUACUGCAUCAGAAACAGAGACAUAUGCUAAAGUGAUGAAAGAGAUUUUAGAAGCUAGUGAUGCAGAAAGGGAAACUAUACGUACUGCAGCUAGAAGUUCGGUUGACAGAUUUAGUGAUGAGCAGUUUGAGACGUCUUUCAUUGGUGCCAGUGAAUUUAUUUUCUCAUCAACUGGUAUACAUCAGUAAGAGAUUUUUGAGUAUUGUAAGCUUUUGUAUUUGUAAUUUAUAUUUUGGAAAUUUCAGUGCAGUUGGAUUUUUAUACUUGUCAAGGAUUUGUCAGGCUGCACCAUACUUCAUUCAAAAAUUUGAAUAUCAGCAUCUGUGAACAUGUGUUUGAUAUUCUUUAACACUGACUAUUCUGUUGCACAUGCACUUGCACACACAUACAUACAUAUACACACACACAGUGACUUCAUCCUUUGUAUUCUCAUAUGCACAGUCUAUCUAUAAAGAUUCAGUUCCUUUCACAUAUUAAUCACCAAAAGUAAUUUCAUUUGAAAACCUAUCAAGUCCAUGCAUCUUUGUACAUGACUUUAUUUGUUAGUUUUUUAUAGUUAGCUAGCUGAUUGAAAAGGGGGCCAAAGAGGAGUUUUGGAAAAUAUAAUUUGUAUAGGCAGUUCAAUUCUUUUUCCAAAUUAUGGUUCUGGUAUUAAGGUGAAAGGAAAUUCAAAGAAUAUUAUUUCCUUCUUCUUCUUCUUCUUCUGCUUCUUCAUCUUUAUCAUCUUUAAAUUCUUCUUCUUCGUCUUCUUUAUUAUCUUUCCAGGUUUGGUUUCCUAUUGAUCUGCUUGUGGAGUUGAUCUCAUUUACUUUUAUUGAAACUUUUUUAUGUUGUUGAAAAGGAUAGAAUAAUUUGGAUCAUGAUUAAACCAGACUGUUUACAUGCAAAUAAAUGCACACACAUGUGCCGUACACAAGCACACACGUGUUCUCACACACACACACACACACACACACCACACACACACACACACACACACACACACACACAC